UCCUGCCCAGUUUCCUCUCGCCUUUUCCUGUCCCCCACCCAGUUCUGGGAGCUGGGGCAGAGGCAAAGGCUGAAACAGGAGCGGUGGGGUCAGGAACCAACCCAGGCCAACGGAGCCAGGGCCUCCCGGUUGCUGCCGGGGACCCGAAACCGGGGUCAUGCUAUCUGGAGAAAGGAAAGAGGGGGGAAGCCCCCGCUUCGGGAAGCUCCAUCUCCCGGUGGGCCUGUGGAUCAACUCUCCCAGGAAGCAGCUUGCUAAGCUGGGGCGCCGCUGGCCUAGUGCUGCCUCCGUCAAGUCCUCGUCCUCCGACACGGGGAGCCGCAGCAGCGAGCCGCCGCCGCCGCCGCCGCACGUGGAGCUGCGGCGGGUGGGCGCGGUGAAGGCGGCCGGGGGCGCGUCGGGCAGCCGCGCCAAGCGCAUCUCCCAGCUGUUCCGGGGCUCGGGCGCCGGGGCGGCGGCGGCGGGCGGCGCGGGGAGCCCGGGGGCCGCGCAGCGCUGGGCCAGCGAGAAGAAGCUCCCCGAGCUGGCGGCCGGCGUGGCCCCCGAGCUCCCGCUGGCCGCCCGCCCCGCCGCGUCCCCCGGGGUCCUCAAGAUCUUCGGGGCCGGGCUGACGUCGGGCGCCAACUACAAGAGCGUGCUGGCCACGGCGCGCUCCACGGCGCGCGAGCUGGUGGCCGAGGCGCUGGAGCGCUACGGGCUGGCGGGCGGCCCCGGCGAGAGCGGCUGCGUGGACGCCUUCGCGCUGUGCGACGCGCUGGGCCGGCAGGCGAGGGGCGGCGUGGACGCCGGCGAGUGGCGGGCGGAGCACCUGCGCGUGCUGGGCGACUCGGAGCGCCCGCUGCUGGUGCAGGAGCUGUGGCGCGCGCGGAACGGCUGGGCGCGGCGCUUCGAGCUGCGCGGCCGCGAGGAGGCGCGCCGCCUGGAGCAGGAGGCCUUCGGGGCUGCGGACGCGGACGGCUCGGGCGCCCCCUCGUGGCGGCCACAGAAGAACCGCUCCCGGGCGGCGUCCGGCGGGGCGGCUCUGGCCAGUCCCGGGCCCGGGUCGGGGUCCGGGACCCCUGCAGGGUCUGGAGGCAAAGAGCGCUCGGAAAACUUGUCGCUGCGGCGCAGCGUGUCGGAGCUCAGCUUGCAGGGUCGCCGGCGGCGGCAGCAGGAACGCCGGCAGCAGGCACUGAGCAUGGCCCCCGGGGCAGCCGACCCCCAGAUGGGACCUGUAGACCCCGGUGACUUCGACCAGCUGACCCAGUGCCUCAUCCAGGCCCCCAACAACCGCCCCUACUUCCUGCUGCUCCAGGGCUACCAAGAUGCUCAGGACUUCGUGGUGUACGUGAUGACCCGGGAGCAGCACGUGUUCGGCCGGGGAGGCCCGGCCUCGGGCCGCGGGGGGACGCCCGCCCCGUACGUGGACACCUUCCUCAGCGCCCCCGACAUCCUGCCGCGACACUGCACGGUGCGCGCGGGCCCCGAGCCCCCGGCCCUGGUGCGGCCCUCGCGGGGGGCCCCGGUCACGCACAACGGCUGCCUCCUGCUGCGGGAGGCCGAGCUGCAGCCCGGAGACCUGCUGGGGCUGGGCGAGCACUUCCUGUUCAUGUACAAGGACCCGCGCGGCGGGGGCGGCGGGGGCGGCGGGGGCGGCGGGGGCGCGGCGGCGAGACCCCCCUGGCUGCCCGCGCGCCCCGGCGCCGCGCCCCCCGGCCCGGGCUGGGCCUUCUCCUGCCGCCUGUGCGGCCGCGGCCUGCAGGAGCGCGGGGAGGCGCUGGCCGCCUACCUGGACGGCCGCGAGCCGGUGCUGCGCUACCGGCCGCGCGAGGAGGAGGCGCUGCUGGGCGAGAUCGUGCGCGCCGCGGCCGCGGGCCCCGGGGACCUCCCGCCGCUCGGGCCGGCCACGCUGCUGGCGCUGUGCGUGCAGCACUCGGCGCGGGAGCUGGAGCUCGGGCACCUGCCGCGCCUGCUGGGCCGCCUGGCCCGGCUCAUCAAAGAGGCCGUCUGGGAAAAGAUAAAGGAGAUUGGAGACCGUCAGCCGGAAAACCACCCUGAGGGAGUCCCCGAGGUGCCCUUGACCCCCGAGGCUGUGUCUGUGGAGCUUCGGCCCCUCAUGCUGUGGAUGGCCAACACCACAGAGCUGCUGAGUUUUGUGCAGGAGAAGGUGCUAGAGAUGGAGAAGGAAGCCGACCAAGAAGGCCUGUCUUCAGACCCACAGCUCUGCAAUGACUUGGAAUUAUGUGAUGAGGCCAUGGCCCUCCUGGAUGAGGUCAUCAUGUGCACCUUCCAGCAGUCUGUCUACUACCUCACGAAGACUCUGUAUUCCACGCUGCCCGCCCUCCUGGACAGUAACCCUUUCACAGCUGGGGCCGAGCUUCCAGGCCCUGGCGCAGAACUGGAGGCCAUGCCACCCGGACUGAGACCCACCCUGGGAGUGUUCCAGGCGGCCCUGGAGCUCACCAGCCAGUGCGAGCUACACCCGGACCUCGUAUCUCAGACUUUUGGCUACUUGUUCUUUUUCUCCAAUGCUUCCCUUCUCAACUCGCUGAUGGAACGAGGUCAGGGCCGACCUUUCUACCAGUGGUCCCGAGCUGUCCAGAUCCGCACCAACCUGGACCUCGUCUUGGACUGGCUGCAGGGGGCCGGGCUGGGAGACAUCGCCACUGAGUUCUUCCGGAAACUCUCCCUGGCUGUGAACCUGCUCUGCGUGCCUCGAACCUCUCUGCUCAAGGCUUCCUGGAGUAGCCUUCGAACUGAUCACCCCACCCUGACGCCUGCUCAGCUCCACCACCUUCUCAGCCACUACCAGCUGGGUCCUGGCCGUGGGCCCCCUCCUGCCUGGGACCCUCCUCCUGCAGAACGCGAUGCUGUGGACACAGGGGACAUCUUCGAAAGCUUCUCUUCCCACCCUCCCCUUAUCCUGCCCCUGGGCAGCUCGCGCCUGAGCCUCACAGGCCCCGUGACGGACGACGCCCUGCACCGGGAACUGCGCAGGCUCCGCCGCCUCCUCUGGGAUCUAGAGCAGCAGGAACUACCGGCCAAUCACCGGCACGGACCUCUCGUGACCACGCCUCCUUGACAGCCAGUCACAGACGAGCGCGCGAACCUUGAAAACCGAAGCGACGUCUAAUCGCCGGCGCCGGUCUGAGCGCGGAGCUUUCUGGGAGUUGUAGUUCUUUCCCUUCCCUAGCGUGGACUGCUGAAGUUUUGAGUUUGUGGGUAGUAAGAGGCUGGGACGGUGGGGAGAUGGGUUUGGGAUUAGAGCGCUGGGAGCAAUAAAGGUUUCCGAUAUUAGCAAAG